AUGUCGGGCUAUCCAAGCGGCGGUCAUACUGGCGGCAUGGGAUAUAAUGAUCCAUACGCUCAAUACGAUGCCCCCGCUCCCGAACCGAAUAAAUUCAAUGGAUUUCUGAAAGCGCUUGGAGCCGGUACCAAAAAGACAAAAGGAGACGGCCAGCCGGCAAAACGUCGUGGACCGAAGCCAGAUUCCAAGCCCGCUUUGACCCGGAGACAAGAACUCAAUCGACAAGCGCAGAGAACGCAUCGUGAACGCAAAGAACAAUAUAUUCGAGCCCUCGAAUCGGAGCUUUCCAGACUACGCGAAGUAUACAGCGUCGACAUCAACACUUCCAAUCAAAAAAUCCAGCAACAACAAGAAACGAUACAGAGCCUACGAACGGAAAAUAAUCGAUUGAUGGGAAUAUUGAAAGAGUGCGGAAUCCCCGUUCAGGCUCAGGUGGAAAAGGAGACACCCGAAGCGAUCAAUCUGGCGCCCGGGGGUUCAUUUACAAGCGGACCGAGCUCGGUAGCUUCACAGUCAGCCGGUUUCCAAUCUCAGCCGGCAUUUUUGACUACGCCGCCGUCAACAUUUAGUUCGCCGCAUAGCGCAGGAGACGGCGAUGAGCGAUCAGGCUCGCGAGCGGGACCAGGAGGAGGCAUGCCCAUCAUCGGCACUACUUUCCAGACCGGCAUGGGCUUGAGCGAACUGGACUUUUCAGGCAGUUCAGAAAAAGAGCGAGAACUAUUACCUUCGAUUCCGGGCAUAUUCGAUGAGGAUCCGCAAUUGGGCGUGGAUUUCAUCCUCAAAUUAGAAGCGCCUUGUCGCGUGCAUACGGAGUACCUCUGUCGCGAGGCGCACAAGGACGUUGAACGAGACGCUUUCAUUUCAGGGCAUGCUUUGAUGGCCUCUUGCCCACCACCGAGUCAUAUCGAAAACGUGCCGGAGGGGAAUCUGUAUCCGCAUCAAACCUAUGACCUACCACUCCCCAAUCUGGGCAAGUUACUCAACCUGAGCAAACAGCUCAUCACGGAGGGACAAGUCACACCAAUUAUGAUCCUACAAUCUCUGAAAAACCAUGAACAAUACCGAUCACUCACCAAAGAAGACGUCAAGACGAUCGUUGAGACGUUGACAGCCAAAGUUCGAUGCUAUGGCUUCGGCGCUGUGAUCGAGGACUUUGAGCUAAGGGAUUGCUUGCAGAAUGUAUUGGGCGCGAAAUUGUAUCAUGGGAGAAGACCGCCAUCGAGAAUUGGGGAUGAUGCGUUGUAUCGAUGA